AUGCGCCUCCUCGAAAUUGGCCCUGGUGGAAAGCUAAGCUUUACUGAUGACCUGACCACAAACAUUCCACCUUACGCAAUCCUCUCACACACUUGGGGCUCGGAUAAGGAGGAGGUGACUUUCCGGGAUUUAAUAGAGGAAAAGGGCAAGGACAAGGAGGGUUACUCUAAGAUCCGGUUCUGCGCGGAUCGAGCAGGAAAGGAUGGCCUGCAACAUUUCUGGAUCGACACAUGCUGUAUUGAUAAGAAGAACCUCGUUGAACUUUCGGAAGCUAUCGUGUCGAUGUUUCAAUGGUACGCUGACGCACAAAGGUGCUACGUGUUCCUGUCCGACGUGUCAGCUUAUAAACGCGACGACACAAGGGAUAAUCAGAUCUGGGAAUGCGAUUUCCGGAAAAGCAGGUGGUUUACACGGGGCUGGACCCUGCAAGAGCUUCUUGCUCCUAGCAAAGUCGACUUCUAUUCCCGGGAAGGCGUGCGACUAGGCGAUAAGAGCACACUUGGGCAGGUCAUCUCCGAGAUAACAGGAAUACCUGAAACUGCUCUUGACGGGAGGCAGACCCUGAAAGAUUUUACUCACGCAGAGAGGCUGCGAUGGGCUUCCCAUCGCGAGACUAAAAAGACAGAAGAUGGGGCAUACUGUCUCCUGGGGAUUUUCGAUGUGUCCAUGCCUGUUAUUUACGGUGAAGGAAACAGAGCCCUUGACCGGUUGAAAGAUGAAAUCGCCAAAGCCUGUAGGAGGCAAUUGGAGGACAUUGGGCAAGAUUCAGUUCCCUCGAACUCCGGAAACUUUGUUGUCCGCAGGCAGGGGCCACCCGCGAACCCUACGGAGGAAAGAAAACUGCUUAAGCGUCGAGAGAUGGUGCUGGCUUCUCUGCGCUUUAAGCAAAUGGACUCGCGGCGGUCUACGAUCGACAAAGCCUACUCCACAACCUGCCAAUGGCUGUUGGAACACCCUGCAUACCUGGAAUGGAAUGAUCCACGGCAAAUGCACCAACACCAUGGAUUCUUUUGGAUCAAAGGGAUCCCUGGCGCUGGGAAAUCGACGCUGAUGAAGUUCGCCCUGGCAUAUGCCGACCAAAAAAGUUCUGCGAACGAGAUUGUCCUCUCGUUCUUCUUUAAUGCAAGGGGGGAAAUGAUGGAAUAUUCGACGAUUGGCAUGUACCGAGCUCUACUCUUUCAGCUCCUAACCAAAAUGACGGACCUGCAGGACCUUCUGGACGGUUUAGAUGGUUCGGAAAACCAAAGCCAAUCACCGGUGUGGACCAUAGAAAGGCUAUGCGAGCUGCUGUCCGCAGCUAUCUCAAGACUUGGGCGCCGACAAGUGAAGUGCUUCAUUGACGCACUCGAUGAGUGUGAUGAGCAGCAGAUUCAAGAAAUGAUUGACUUUUUUGAAGAACUAGGAGAAACUGCGCUCGAGCACGGGUCCCAACUCUUCAUUUGCUUUGCCAGUCGCCAUUAUCCAACCGUCAUCAUUCCGUAUGGUCGGCAGCUGACACUAGAAAACGAAGGUGGUCAUACUAGGGACUUGAGCAGAUACAUCGACAGUCAUCUCCGAGCCGGAAAGGGGAGAAUGAUUGAGGAAGUCAGAACAGAGAUACGAAAAAAAGCGAAUGGUGUUUUCCUGUGGGUAGUUUUGGUCGUUCCCAUUCUGAACCAAGAGUUCAAGCGUGGCCGCAUCUUUGCGGUCAAGAAAAAGCUCCACGAGAUACCUGCCAAGCUCAGUGACCUCUUCAAAGAUAUCCUUAGGAAGGAUGAUGCUAACAUGGACGAUUUGUUGCUCUGCCUCCAAUGGAUUCUGUUUGCAAAAGAGCCGCUGCAAGUGAGAGAAUUUUACUUUGCGAUGCUGGCUGGUCUGCAUCCCGAAUCUGAGUACAUGACGGUCUGGAACUCUCAGAUGAUCGAGGUGGACGACAUGAACCGCUUCGUUCUCAAUUCCUCCAAGGGACUUGCUCAACUUACCAGGUCGGAGCCGCCGACGGUGCAAUUCAUUCACGAAUCAGUCCGAGAUUUCCUCCUCAAGGAUAACGGUCUGUUUGAGCUGUGGCCGGAUCUUGACGAUAGCAAAGACUUUGAGGGGCAAAGCCAUCAGCGGUUAAAGAGUUGCUGUCUGAACUAUAGCAACAUCACCCCUGCCAGCCUGCUUAGCUUUAUGAACUCAAGUGCGAAGAAGAUGCCAAACGAAGAAGCUGAACGCCUCCACCGAUAUGCGGACCAAAACCUUCCGUUUCUGCGAUAUGCCGUACAAGAAGUCUUAUGGCACGCCGACAAAGCGCAAGCCAACGGGGUCGACCAGAGUGAUUUCAUUGACACGUUCCAGCUUGCCAAAUGGGUAUGGCUUGACAACCUAUUCACACAUCGAGACCACCGACACAAUUUGACUGUGACCUUGCUAUACAUCUUGGCAGAGAAAAACUUGUCCAACCUUAUCAGAAUUCAUCCGUCCAACCUGUCAGGCUUCGAUGUGGAAGACGAACGCUACGGUCUACCAGUUUUCGCCGCUCUUGCUACUGGAAGCGAUCAAGCGGUGCGUGCAUUGUUGAAAGCUCAGGCAGAUGAACGGCCCACAACGUCUCCGAUUCCUAACCUGUACGAACAAUGUUAUUGUCAUGGAAACAGACCAACCAAUUUUCCACGUGACUUCACUUUUUCAAAACGGAACGGCCCGCUCAAUGCCGUGGGAAAACAUGGCGACGAUAAUUUUCUUGCAUUUUUGUGUGCUUUGAGCAAGUUCAACAUCGAACAGGCGGGCGAAGAUCGCCGGACACCGUUGUCAUGGGCCGCGGGGCGGGGCCACUCGGCAACAGUGAAAAUUCUACUCGAGAAAGGCGCUAAUCUAGAGUGUAAGGACAAACAUAAUGAGACACCAUUAUCGUGGGCGGCUAAACGCGGGCAUAAAGAGAUGCUCCGGCUAUUACUUAAGAAAGGCGCCGAGCGAGACUCCAAGGAUAAUAGUGGUCGGACACCACUAUCGCGGGCGGCCGAACACGGGCAUAAAGAGGUGGUUCAGAUAUUACUCGAGAACGGCGCCGAGCGAGACUUCAAGGAUAAUAGUGGUGGGACACCACUAUCGUGGGCGGCUGAACGCGGGAAUAAAGAGGUGGUUCAGCUUUUACUUGAGAAAGGCGCCAAUCCAGAUUCCAAGGACAAUGGUGGUCAGACACCGCUAUUAUGGGCGACUGUACGCGGGCAUAAAGAGGUGGUUCAGCUGUUACUUGAGAAAGGCGCCGAUCGAGACUCCAAGGAUAAUAGUGGUCGAACACCACUAUUAUGGGCGACUGUACGCGGGUAUAAAGAGAUAGUUCAACUAUUACUUGAGAACGGCGCCGAUCCAGAUUUCAAUGAUAAUAGUGGUCGAACACCACUAUUAUGGGCGACUAUACGCGGGUAUGAAGAAAUGAUUCAGCUAUUACUUGAGAAAGGCGCCGAUCCAGAUUCCAAGGAUAAUAGUGGUCGAACACCACUAUUAUGGGCGACUAUACGCGGGUAUAGAGAGAUAGUUCAGCUAUUACUUGAGAAAGGCGCCGAACGAGACUCUAAGGAUAAUCGUGGUUGGACACCACUCUCGUGGGCGGCUGAAUACGGACGCGACGAGGUGGUCAAGCUACUCUCUUCUCAUCAGAAAGAGGUUCAGAAUCACGGGGGGAUCACCCAGAAGGACCCAGAAUCCUGUGAUAUACAAUACAAACCGGACACCUUGAACUCCGGGCAGCGCUGGAGCGGGAUGGGGAUCAUCACAUCACCGACAGAAAACACUGGACAGAACUUCUUUUAA